AGCAGUAGCUGAUCUGUCGUGAUUAUUUAGGAGUCCAGGGAAGUACGUCCUCACACGGGACAUGUGGUGGUGGGUCUUGCCUUAGACCUCAGGGGAAUACCAUAUAGAGGAGUGGACAAAGGGUCUGGGUUAGAAUUAACAUUGAAAAAGGGAACGUAUGUUGUAAACGGGGGAGAUGUAACCUUUUAAUGUAUUCUGUUAACAUAUUCCAUCCAGUCCAAAGACUGCUUUCUAAUCUAAUCUUUCAACUUGUUCCAAAUCAGUGAAGUGUUUUAUUCUCGUGGCUGCAUUCAGCUUUCAAGAUAAGGAGUCAGCCUCUUGCCAUUUCAAAGCCUCAGAAAAGCUUUAGUGAUUUUGUUUCCAUUAGAAUAUUUUCUAGUUUGUCCCUACAAUUUUGAUCCUCUGGUAUAAUUUCUUCCUAAAUAAAAAAACCAAUGUGCCAUUUUGGCACAUUGAAUUAAAGGGCUAGUAACUGGAGGUUUUCUCACACAUACACACCACACACACACACACACACACACACACAUACACGCGCGCGCGCGCGCACGCGGAAGAGUUGUGGUUUUCAAAAUGCCUAUUGGUUCAUGCUAAGUGUCCUUCCAAUUCUGCGAUCCAGCCUUACCCAAACUGGCUUGAACAUGUGGGAAGAAAAUAGUUCCAAACACUAUAUUUCAAUGACUAUCUAUUUGCAAUGCAGGGGACAUGGAAAAGGUUUGGUAUGCAAAGAGAAAAAGAUUCGAAAUGACGAUGAAGCCUUACAUCAAAAACAUUCAGCAAACAAUUGAUCAUGUUUCGAGAACCCAACGAGAGCAAAGGCAGAAGCUUUGUCAGGAAUAUUUUCAGCAGUUUUUGGCCAUGAUUCAGGAGUACAAAUUGGGUGCACAGAAGCUCAAAGAAGAAGAAGAAAAACUUGUUGAUAUACUUCAACAGCUACAAACAGUGUCUCAGCAACUUAACAAUGUUCACAGGCGGAGAAUGAACCAAUUUAAAAAGUUGUUCCAGGCUUACUUAAAG